AACAAGUAUAUGGAUAAUGGAAACAAUGUGACUGAAUUUAUUCUAUUGGGUCUUACAGAGAAUCCAAAGAUGCAGAAAAUUGUUUUUCUUGUGUUUUUUAUCAUCUAUGCUAUUACAAUGGUAGGUAACACACUCAUUGUCAUAACCAUCAAAAUCAGCCCAAGCCUGAAUUCCCCUAUGUACUUUUUUCUGGCCUACCUGUCCUUUAUAGAUGCCUGUUAUUCUUCUGUUACUGCCCCUAAACUCAUUAUAGACUCACUGUAUGAAAAGAAAACCAUUCUCUUCAAUGGUUGCAUGACCCAAGUCUUUGUUGAACACAUCUUUGGAGCUGCUGAGGUUAUCCUGCUCACAGUAAUGGCCUAUGACCGAUAUGUAGCAAUUUGCAAGCCCCUCUACUACACGACCAUCAUGAAUUGGAGGUUGCGUGCCCUCCUGAUGGGUGUGGUCUGGAUAGGAGGCUUACUCCAUGCAACUAUACAGAUGUUUUUCCUGAUUCAAUUACCCUUUUGUGGUCCCAAUGUCAUAGGUCACUUUAUGUGUGACUUAAAUCCUUUACUGCAUCUUGCCUGCACUGAUACUCACAUCCUUGGAUUAAUCGGUGCAGCCAACAGUGGUUUCAACUGUUUAUUAAAUUUUCUCCUAUUGAUGGUCUCCUAUGCUGUCAUCCUGAGUUCUCUGAAGACUCACAGUGUGGAGGGGAGAAGCAAAGCCCUCUCUACCUGUGGUUCUCACAUCACUGUAGUUGUUUUAUUCUUUUUUCCAUGCAUGUUUAUCUACAUGAGACCCGCAAUGACUUUCUCCAUUGAUAAAGCUGUUGCAGUCUUCUACACAAUCAUCACCCCCAUGUUAAACCCUUUAAUCUACACACUGAGAAAUGCCCAAAUGAAAAAUGCCAUCAGAAAAGUCUGGAACCGAUUGUCUCUGAGCUCAGACAAGUACCAACAGGUCUAG